AGUAAAAAAAAUGCAGGCACUUUUUGUCAUUUUUUAAAUUUCCCGCCGUUCCGUCCCCCAUACGUCCCGAAGCUCGCCGGGGACAGAACCCAGAUGACAGAUGCCCAGAGGACAUUGCCGGGGACACUGGAGGAGGAGACAUCGUGGGAGCGCAGGACAAGGUAAGAGAAGAACAGAUGCUGGAGCAGCGCCGCAUGGUAAGCCCGAGUGUAGAUCGGGGUCACCGCUUUUGUUACACUCGGGAAUACUGCCAGGUAGGUUAAGA